UAGACGCGGCCGGCCGGCGUCGACCACAGAAAUAGUGGUAACGACAUGCAACUAUUUUUUUGUAACUGAAUAAGUUCGUUUUGGCGCCAUUUCUACAUUCGCAUUUCUCACUACUGGCUGCGGUGGCACACCAGAACCCUUGAGCGGCUUCUAAAUAAUUUUGAGAGUGCUUCUUGUUCGUAGUUGAGUUGUUUGUCUGUUCAAGUUGGGUUACCUCACCUGCACUCCUACACGCUGACAAUGCCUCGCAACGUUGAAAUCAAAGCGUUGGUAAAGAACUUCGAUGCGCUCAGAGCGAAAGCAGCGAAGCUCGCGAGAGCGGAAGGCACGCUCAUCAAGCAAGCGGACACAUUCUUUGUAGUGCCGAACGGUCGGCUGAAGCUGAGAGAGCUGGAAGGCAGCGAAGCACAGCUAAUUUAUUAUGAAAGACCAGACGCCGUAGGGCCAAAGCUCAGCAACUACUCAAUUUCGCCUGUAAACAAUCCUCAGUCGCUAAAACAUACGCUAGGCCAGGCACUCGGAAUCGUCGGGGAGGUUAAGAAGGAAAGGUGGCUAUACCUCGUGGGCAACACGAGGAUUCACUGUGAUAGAGUCCAAUUCAUAGGAGACUUCAUGGAGUUAGAGGUUGUGCUCGACCAGCAACAGCAAUUGGAAGAGGGAGACAUAAUUGCCAAGGACCUCAUGGAAAAGCUGGGUGUCGAGGAAAAGGACCUCGUACAUGGGGCAUAUAUGGACAUCAUUUUGAGUAAAAUUAAAAAUUAGUUAAAGGAAGUGGCUAUGACCAACAUUGUGUUGGUAAUAAGUAAUUAACUUCCCAUAAUGUAGCUCUCCACGUAUCUCCAUCAUUCACCCAGCCACUGCAUGGAUGAAACAAGCUUCCGUGCAGUAGUUUUGACAUGUCAUGUGACUAUUUGCAUUGAUAUAAGUUAUAACUUUCUUUUAAGCUUGGAGAUUGAGAAAAAGCUAUAGCUUGUAAGUUGAUUAAUUAUAGUCAAAAAGUACAUAAUUCCAUAGCAAACCU